AUGGCGGCAAUAGGGCCUUUCAUUUUGGCCUUGCAGCGCCAUUAAACGCGGGGAGGAGGAUCCGCUCGUCCGUUGUUACUUUUAGUACGCAAGGGCGGGAGUCUCGCCUCUGUUCCAAGCCGAGAGACUAAGCGCGACGCACGCGCACCCGGCGGAAUUAAAGCAGGGGACAGGAAACGCCCCUUCCCCAGGCGGAGUGUGGAUUGAGUUUAGGUUGAUGUGAAGAGUGGCUGAUUUUGGAGCAAAGCUAGGAAAACGCGAAUUGCGCUGGGAAGGCAGAGUCAGUUUCCGCACCCGGGACAAUUUUACCAAGCACGUUUUUGUAACGAAACAAAACAAAUCCAAAGGCUUUGGAUUGUGGGAAAGCUUUCUGUAAGAAUCUACAAAGGCUGCGAGUCGCGUUUAUUGUGUCUGCCGCUUAGAUGUGAAAGUUAAUGAGCAACUAGGUUGAUACUACAGCCCAAAGUGCCCACGAGAGCCCCUUGCAACGCCCUCGAUUUCCCCCUGCUACUAAAGGGUGAGGCUCUAUGGGUUUGUGACAGGCGCGGGACGUGGGAGAAACUCGCGGAAAAGCAAAGUAUUGGCGGGACCGGAUGCUUAGAGAAAGGAGGGAGAGUGAAUUCCCGGAAGAGUGCGGUUCUGCAUGCGAGGAAGUGCAUAACGUGCAUGUGUUACCUUUUGCUUUUGAGAAAGUUUGCACAAAUUUAUUAGGGAUACACCUUGUCUGCAGCAGGCUAUUGGACUAGGUAGGGCCCGUGAUUUGUUCACAGGCUUAAAAUUCUACAAUGGCUUUUAAGAAACUUGGCUUUGUUACACAUGUUUAAAAUCUGAGCCUUCUCUUUACAGGGUUGUAUUAACUGAUGAGAGGUUGCAAUAACUUUGUAUUGCCUCCGGCAUUGCCUUUACCUUGGAGCAACUUGGGUGGGAGGGAAAUAAAUGGGCACAUGCAACUAUAUCGUAUAGUAUCUGUUUUGUUUUGAAUGUCAUUGCUUGUCUGACUUAUAUCCAGUGCAGCACUAAGCAAGCAGCACAUCAGCGCAAGAUUCCUGCUUGUACAAUGGGAUUCCCCCUGCAUGCCCCUUCAUUUGUUCUGGGGUUUCCCAAACCCUUCAGGGCAGAUUUGGGCAAGGUUGAGGCAGAUGCAGAGGAAGGAAAGGGGGAGAGAUUUCCAUUCACACUGAUGGGAUGUUCACUCAGCACUGCACUGGAUACAAACCUGUGUUAGCUUCUGUGCUACUUUAAUCUUGUUUUAAUAGGUCUGUGGUGCUAUCCACUGUUGCUGACAUCAUCCACCAGCAUACACAGCCAAGUUCCAGCAAAUCCCCAACAUAACUGGGGAGCAGAGAUAGUGCAACUGCUGCAGGGCUUGCAAGCCCACAGUACCAUGUGGUUCCCAUUACUGGCUUGGUAUGGCUGGAAAUGAUUUCAUAUGUUCACACCUCAAACAACAGCUUUGACUGCUGGACUGUCUGGGACUUGACCUCCCAAAUGUCUCUGGGAUAUUCUGAAUUUAAUCCACCAGUUCUAGUGCUGGAUGAAAAUUGAAUCAGCAUAUCAUGCCACAACAAUGUAAUGGAUUGCACCCUUAUCCAUGUAUCAGCUACUUUAAAAUGAGGCUGCAUUUUAAAUUGCAUUUUAACCUGUAUUUUAAAUUGUGUUUUCUUCCCUUUCCCCCCCCCUUUCCCCCCUAUUAUGUUUUUACUGUGAUUUUAUUGGUGUUAGCUGCCCUGAGCCCGGCUCUGGCCGGGGAGGACAGGGUAUAAAUAAAAUUUAUUAUUAUUAUUGUUGUUGUUAAUUAUACUCCAGGUGAGGUAAUGCAAGAGCAUAUUUUGCUAACCAUCCCUAUCUUUCAGAAUCUCUGAAAAUGUUUCACCUUCUACAGCGAUGUUGUUUCCAAGUUCCUUCCAAGGUAAAAGUUUCCAAAACAGUUGCAUCUUUGUUUGCUUUUAAGUCCUGUCUGUAUAUUGAAACUCUCAUUGCUCACUGAAGUGAAAGAAGGCUGCCUUAAUAUAUGUCUGUGGGAAUAAAUGUUACUUUGCAGUCUUUUAGAGGUGCAAAAUUUAAAGUUUAUACAAGUCUUGCCUAGAUGAGUUUCUCAUAUCUUGGUGCAAUUUAACUAGAGAUACUGGGUAGUGUUCAGCUAAGUUUUACUCAGAGUCGGCCUACUGAAACUAAUGAACAUGAUUAAGUCAAUUACUUUAAAUGGAUCUGUUCUGAGUAAAACUUAGUUGAAUCCCUCCCAAUAUGCAUAAGUGGUGGUGGGGAACCCUACUCCCUUGGACAAAUUCAUAAAAAAUGGAAAUAUAAAUCACUGUUCAUUGCUAACACUUAGCUGUGGCAGAGGCCCCAAUUAAGAACUGAAGCAAAAACGAUGAAAAUGGCACCUUAAAGACUAAUACGUUUUAAUGAUGUAAGCAUUUAUGGACUAUGGUCCACUUUAUUAGAUGCAUGAAGCGUCCUUCUGAAAAGUAUGAAGUAUUGUAGUUGGUUCUUUAAGCUACCAGAAGGUUGAGUGAUGUGAAGUGUUUUUGCAUUUGUAAUUGCAGAUGAUGUAUCUUCAAAGACUUCUGCAACCUGGAAGGAGUAAGGCAGUUGGCUUUCCUGUCCCACAGCUUCUUAGGCAGGCAUCUGUGAGCAUAACUAAGGCACAAGGUUUCCAUUCUUCCUGCUGCAGCUGGAAGAAGAAACAACCUCCGGAACCUGAGCCACGACAGCUGGAUUUGUUGCGAUAUGACAUGCCCUCCCUCAAGGACUCUCCAAAGCCUGCUCUGUAUUUGGGCUUUGCAGGAUUAAUUCCCUUUGUUUCAGUGCCAUUGUUAAUGGCUAUCCAGAAGGUCUCCUACCCAGAGUUGGUGUUUGCUCAGAUUGCAUAUGGUGCAUCUAUACUAUCUUUCCUAGGAGGGAUCAGAUGGGGAUUUGCUUUGCCAGAAGGCAGUCCUGCCAGUCCUGAUUGGAUUAAUCUGGCUAACAGUGUUGUUCCUUCACUACUUGCCUGGUUUACUUUGCUUUUCAAAGAUGACCUCACUCAAGCUGGAUUCAUGCUUAUAAUAGGGUUAGGGAUAGCCUUGCAUUAUGAUCUUAGUCUUCUUCCCACCUAUCCCAGAUGGUUUAAAGCCAUGAGGGCAGUCCUGACUAUAGUAGCCACAGUUUCUCUGAUUACCACACUAUGUCUUGCAAACAUGUAUCCAGAGAAACGACUAAGUCGUGAUGCAAGUGAAACGAAAGUAUUGAAAUAA